AUGUCGAAAUUGAACAUUGCACCUCAUCGUCUGCCUCGUCUUUACUCGCUUUUGACGUCAAAAAUUGUGGCCCUGACGACAGAAACUUCGGAUACGAGACAGGUGAACCAACGUUAUCCAAUCGUUGGUCCGAAUGCAGGUCAGAAAAUGGAACACGUGCCCGUAUUGACCGUUGAACUCCAGAUAUCUAAUCUUCUUGCCGUCUCAGAGUAA